AUGGAGGUGUGGAGGAUAGAGCGGAAGGAGACAUCAAAAUGGGAGUGUGAGAGAAGUGGGAUGCUGUCAUUACCCCGGAGAGGACAGGUGUGGACCACGAUUAAGACUGAGUUUCACUGGCAGCCAUCUGGAAGCAGCCCUCACAUCACCCGCGAGGGACGGGACAUUUGCAAGCAUCCACACAAGAGGCCGUACGUUCAGACGCACACAUGCACGUACACACAACAGUAUCUUUAUGAGUGUGCUGCUGGG